AUGGGCACUAAACGAUCUUGGGAGGGCCAGCCUGUGCCAAUCAUCUCAAAUGACAACAUGACUGAACCAGUCGGACCGAUCAUUUCGAUCUUCGAGAAUUUCCGCAACGAACUAGACGAGCACCACGACCAAAAUGUCCGAUCACCACUAACCCUUAAUUCCAAUAUCCUGAUUCUAACAUUUUCUCCCAGUAUAUUCGCUCUCCAGCGUGUGCACGCCAUCAACGAACCCAUCCCACCAAAAAUUGCCAAAGACAACCAAGACCGUCUUGACCAAAUCCAAAAACUCUUCACGAGCAUUGUGCCCGAUGUAACCGAUCUCAAUACCUGGCGCUACCAGCGCCAAGUCAGUGGUGGGAUUCAGGAGUUUAUUGAGGCUAUCUCGUUCGAUCAUUAUCUUCGCACCCAGACCCUGAUCACACACGAGGAAGUCUCAGGCAGAUUGCCCGCCGAGAUCGAGGUAACGGCGGAUGAUUACUUGGGGGGACUCUUCGAUCUGACGGGUGAGAUGAUGCGAUUUGCCGUGACAACAUUGGGUUCCGGUAGCACAGAGACUGAGGAACCUACCGAUGAACCAACGAGCCAAAUUCAAGGCCCACGCCUUUCCAAAACCCAGGCAGGAAUUGUGGUUGACCUUCGAGCCAUGCGUGCCCAUACAGAAAGACUCAGUAUUCCCCGUCGACAUGCUUUUAUGAUGCGCGAUUAUGGAAAAAAGCUCGAGGUGAUGCAAAGCAGCGUGGAGAAGGUUGAGCGGGCGGCAUAUGGGAUUCUGGUUCGUGGCAGUGAACGUCCGAAGGGAUGGAUGCCAGAUCUUUCAGUUCCGAUGCAGGUUGAGACUUAA